UGUGCAACUGCCUGCACGUAGACAGGGAGGGAGGGAGCGAGGGAGCGAGCGAGCGAGAGAAGGAGGAGGGAAUAAGGAGGGAGCGCAACACGGCUCUGCAGAAAACAAGUUGGCACACAACGUUUUUUUUUUCUGGGGCUCCUGAAGAAAAGUUCUAAAGUCAAAUUGUAAACAGAAAAAAAAAAAAAGUCAAGGUCUUACAGUCUCCUUCACGAUACUUCAAGAUGGGAGAAGAUGCAGUCCAGGCCGAGAGAAGCGGCAGAGUAAGUGGCCACGAAGAGCAGGAGCUGGUGGUGCCCAGCCCGAGCCGUUCCUCACACAGCCACCACUCGCUCCACUGGACCGAACGGAUCCCAGCAGGGCAGGCGAUGGCUGAGAUGAAGGAGAGCAGCACAGGCGAGCAAGUUAAUGCCAUCACGGUUCUGACCCUACUGGAUAAGCUGGUCAACAUGCUGGACACAGUCCAAGAAAGUCAGCACAAAAUGGAGCAGAAACAGCUGGAAAUGGAGAGUGCAGUAUGUGGAAUCCAGAGCGACAUGGCCAAACUGUCCAAGAGCCACACGUCCACGACAAACACGGUCAGCAAGCUGCUGGAAAAGUCGCAGAAGAUCAGCAUCCACAUGAAGGAGGUCAAGAACAAGAUGGAUCAGCAGGCCAUGCAGGUGAAGAAGCUAGAGGCCAACCAUGGUCAUCUUGUCAAGAGAAACAACUUCAAGGUGCUCAUCUUUCAGGAAGAGAAAGAAAUUCCUUCCAGUGCAUUUACAAAGGAUCCUGUGCCGUACCCCCAUGAGGCAGAGGAAGGGACAUCCACGGUGGAUGUGAACUGCUCACAGGACGAAGGUCUUCAGACCAUUAAUCUGUCUUCUGAUGAGGAUCUGGGGCCGAAUGAGGAUUAUGACGAGUCCGGCAAGCAGCAGGAGAAUGAGGGCUUCGAGAAGUCCCGCACCGAGAAAAUAAAAUAUUCCAGUCUUAAGAAAGUGGAUAGCCUAAAGAAGGCCUUCUCACGUCAGAACAUAGAAAAGAAGAUCAACAAGAUCAGCACAAAGAUAGUCUCCCCCGAAAAACGGGAGAAACUGAAGAAGAGCUUCGUGCACAACUAUCCGAAAAAUUCCAGUGACAAGAGUUCCUCUUUCAAGUCGUCUUCUGCUGCAUCGAGCGUCAAGAAGGAGCAGGACGGGAAGGGUUCCCCAGAGCCUGAAGGCUCACUUAAAGAAAUGGCCUCCAUCAGCCUUGCUCCCAUUAGUAGCCCAGAUGAAGAUCUUCCCUUUAAUGAGGUACACUCUAACUUGGCUCCAGCAGUGGAAGAAGCGAAGGGCAGGAGUGGCUCCUUAGGGAAGGAGGAAGAGGACAUCGAAGAGGGUGAGCUGUCUAUUGCAGAAGAUGAGAAUCCUGGUUACACCAAGUCUGCCCCUUUGCCUCAGGAAGACCGCCUUCCAACCUUGCCUUCAACCCUGCAGCAGCAGAACCAGAAAGAGGAACCGGAAGAUGACGACAAUGAAUUUCUCAACCUGAAGAAAAUGGAAGCAGAGGAUGAACCUGAAGUGCUAUUUGUUGAGUGAUGUUAGGUAAUUUGAUGCAAAAAGUUCCCAUUCAUCCCUUAUAAGCCCUUGUCCCUCCCUUCUCCAGCCAGCUGCUUCCUAGGAAACAGUCUGGGUAUCUUCAUGACACUUGCAAGUCACCAUUAUUCUUCACUAACGAUACAACCUUAUUCUACAAACACACAUGCUAUAUAGUACCACUUCCUCCUAUGAUUCACCUAAACAGCAAAAGAUUAAUUCUCUCACUUGACCUGUCAUUCUGUGAGCUUCUUGAAUUGUUUUGAUUGUAUAGGUUAUUGACUCCAAUUCCGUACCAUACUGUAUCCUCAAAUCACAAAUCCCAAAUAUCAGAGCUGCUUCACACACCUUUAAAUCUAGGCUUCAGACCCACAUGUUGAAAAUUGCUUUUACACAUUUGCUUGUUUUAUAUCCCUUUACAUCCAUGCAUUGGAUAAGUAAUUAUGAUAAACAAUGGCCUCUGUUUAUUUACUAUACUGGCACGGUGGUGCAACGAGUAGCGCUGCUGUCUCCUGGUGACUGGGUGGUGUUGAGAUAUGGGUUCAAUCCCUCUUUAUUCUGUGUGGGGUUUGCAUGUUCUGUCCAUGUCUACAUGAGCUU